GUGUGUCACUUUCCCUGGCAUCAUUGACUGUAGUCUUAACUAAUUCCCAGUUGAAAACAGGAAGGCUGUGGACAUGUGGUGAAUUCUUCCCCCAUAAAUUCCUAAUGGAUACAAAUAAAAUCAGAGACACUUUGUUUCGGAAAUAUGUACAGAUUUGUGAAUUAAAAUUGAAUGAAAAGGAUCAUGCAGUUGAUGAUGCGGGCAUUAAGAAGACUGCUACCUCCUUACUUGAUUUAUAUCGCCAGGACUCUAAUGAAAGAUUUAAAGUCUUUAGAUUUUAUGAUAUAGUGGAGAAUGCUCUGAGGAUGGUCAGAACAUCAAGUUUAAGUGCGCUUCUCACUGCCUUUGGAAUUCUGGAAACCUUCUGCACUAACCUCUUUCUAUAUCCCUGGAAAAAAGAAUUUAAAACAAUAAAGACCUUCACAGGCCAUUUCGUCUACUAUAUCAAAUCUGCAUUGUGUGAAGAAGACAUUUGGAAUAUCCUAUAUCAGAUAGGAUACCAACUUGAAAAAGAAACAUUUGAACUGAAAAACAAAGUAAACACUAACUUUGUGAAAUUGAUUUCUUUUGAGCUGUUCCUGGCUGGAAUUGAAUGUGAGAAUUUAUUUGAAAUUUUUUCACAAAUAAAAAAUAAGGGCUAUUCAGAACUUAAUGUAGUUGAAGAACGAAAGAGCAGUGCAGAGGAUGUGAGAGGCUGCAUUGAUGCAAUGAAAAGACAAUGGAGACUAAUGGAAGAUUUGCAUACAUCCGUGACACAAAUGGACUUUCGAAGAUCAGAUGGUGAACGAUUAACAAACAGUUACAUGAAACAGUUAAUGUACAAGCCUUCAUCAUUUUUAGAUAGUGAUGAAAAUCACUUAGGAAAGCAGUUAAAUAAAGUUCAUUUGACACCUGUACAUCACAAGAAAGAGACUGUUUAUGGUUCUUCCUUUGAGGAAAUGACUGAUGAGAUUUGUCGUCCUACACCUUCACUUCUUGCUAUAUCAAGCUCCCCUCGUUUAGGGUCAGAGGAAUACUUGCAAUCUGUUAAUGACAAUUGGAGAAUAGAAAACAGUUUUAAUACAUCUCUCCAUGCACUUGGUGAUGACUUGGAUCUUUACACAGCUGAAGAUUCUAGAAGCACUUUAACACCGAGAUGGACAGACACAACAGGUCACAGUACAAGAUUGAUCAAAAAUAAUCAUUUAAGAGGCAUGUAUCAUGAAACCACGCACCUUACCAAAGAAAGUGUACCUAACACGGUUGCGUUGAAGUGCCAAAUGUGUGGAAUAUCCAGUGGUCUCAUAACUUGCCAAAAAUCUAAUGAGCCUUUUUGUAACCAAUGCCAUCAUAACACUGGAGAGUGUUCACUUUACUCUUGUAGACAGGAAUAUCCAAGAGACAUGGGUAUCUUAUCCCGCUCAUCCUCUGUCCAGAAUGAUCUUUCUAUGAGUUCACCUCUGAAAGAGCGAUGUGCAUUUUCUGUCACAUCCCAGUAUCAAGAGCACUUACCCAGUUCAAAGGACACCAGUACAUUGCGCUGCGGGUUUUGUGACAAAUCCGGUGCAAAGUUUACUUGUAUGAACUGUUCAAAAGUCUCCUGUGAAGUUUGCAGGACUGUUUAUCAUCGCGAUUAUUGCAACAAGAAUAAGACACAUAAUUUCCACCCAAACAAUCAGCUCAAUUACAAAUCUGGCAAAAUUUAUACCAUAUACAGAUGAAUUAUUAAAACUGGAAUAACAAAGCAUGAUCAGCCCUGGAAAAAUCUAUGCUGAGAAUACUUUGAAAACAGAUUUUAGGAUGAACGAUCCUGUUUAAAUACAAAUGCACACUGUGAAUUCUUGUACUACAAUAUGUACCUUGAAGUAUUUAAGUUGCUGCUAUAUUUUUCAAGGGCUGAUAUAUGUAAAUUGAAGCUGCUUUGAUCUAAAAUUUCAUACCAGUGCAAAAUGGGAUAAUGGUUUAGAACCUGGAACAACAAAUAUUUUUGUUACCAGAAGUGAAUGGGAGACAACAGCCUGCAAUAUUUUAUGCUGGAGGAUUUAGUGUAAAACUGUCAGAUGUUUAUAUAAUGAGCCUUUGUUAUUGAUGUGCAAUUUUCUCUUGCCUUUUUCUAAUGUGAUUGUGUUUCAUAUUUACUUUAUACUUAGAAUUGGUGGGCAAGUGUGUGUUUUCUGAUCAGAACCCUGAUCCUGUAAUGGUAUUCGUUGGCUUAUCCAUGCAUUUAUUUUUUUUGAAGACUGUUACAUAAUUUUUUGCUUGUAUGAAUAAAACUGUGCACCGGACAAUGCUAAA